GUUUUCGCGAACCUCCACCGCUCGCUCUGUGUGUCCGCGCGAAACACUCGGGCCACUGAUAGAGACCGGGGCAAGACCAGGCACUCUGGACACCUCCCGUGCAUCACGCCGCCGACGUAUGCGUCCUCCACGUUGCAACGCGAAUCAAAGCAAGGCAUUGGAAAAGGAGCUGGGAGAGUAGUCACAAUGCCCAUCCGAGCUCAGUGUACCAUCUGUUCUGACCUUUUUGAUAACAAAAGCAACAUAUCAGCCAUUCUUUGCGGACACACGUUCCAUGAAGAGUGCUUGACGCACUGGCUGCAGACUGCUGCCCGCAAAACAUGUCCACAGUGCCGCGUCAGCGUGAAUGCCCAAAACAUAAUCAGCAAGCUUUUCUUUGAUGUGGCUGACGAAAGUAGCUUCCUGCAGGAUCCAGAAACACUGCAGAAUGAGUUGGACAAGAAGAAUUUACAACUUGUGGUGAAAAUGAAGGAAUUGACGGAGGUAAGGAAAGCGAUGGGUGUCCUGGAGCACUCCCUGGGGAACAAGUCCACAAGGUUGGAGGUGGUGAACAAGCAGCUGCAGGAGAGCCAAGAGAUCUGCGCAGCUCUCCAGGAACAAAUGAAGUUUUUUAACAAGCAGAAUGCAGAUGCCAAGGCAACCAAGGCUGAGCUUCAACGCCUUCGAAUCAAGAUGCAGAGUAUGGAGAGACUCGAGAGCUUUCUUAGUGCACAAGGAGAUGAGGUGAAGAGCCUGGUAGGAGAUGUUGGCACGGGUGCAGUUGCUGUGGAACAUCUCUCGCUCUACUGCAUUUCUAUGAAAAGGGAGUACGACAAACUGAAAGAUAAUCUCAAAUUGGUGGUAGAAGAAAAGGAUCGAAUCCAAAGGGAGCGUCUUUCAUUCCAAAAUCUGCUGCAGAGAACAUCCAGCAAGUUAGAACAGACAGAGGAGCACCUGAAGGUCACCAAGGAAGACAUCCAACAAGCAGACAAGGAAAAUCUGAGCCUUAAGAAGAAGGUGGAUUUCCUGCAGAAGGCCCUCAGUUCACCAUGCCGAGCUAAUGAAGCCAUCACCCGGCUCAUACAGGAAAGCCCAGCGCCACUGGAGCUGCGGAGGCCAGAAAGGGGGCAGUUCGUGCACCUCGACCUGGACGGAUUCUACAGCCCGGACACGCCGGAGCCGCCUCCCCAGCCAGGCACCUCCGCGGGCGGCCCUGCCAAGCGCAAGCAAACCGACGGCUUGGCCAACCAAGCCGCAAAGCUGAGCAGGCUAGCUCCUUCUCACAACCAGGAUGAGAAUGACAGCGAGGAUGAAAUCAAGAUGUCGCACUUUCUGAAGACCUCAACGCUGUUCAAGAAAAGGUCAUAUGCGGGCACACCCAAGGGCUGCUCGACAAAAGGCUCGGUGCGGACAGGUUUUGAUGGAAUGGGAGGAAGAACAAAGUUCAUUGAACCUACCAACGUGGCUGAAAUCCGCCCGGCGCUGGUGGCGAUUAAGAAGAAAGUGAGCCGUCCGCCCGGCGGGCUGGCGCGGUGCUCUCACAAAAAAACCGUGCCGGAAAACCAGCCGAAGCUGGACGUCUUCCUCCAGUGACGACGUUGCACCGCCACCACCGCCUUGCAGUUCACCCUCAACUCCCUCUUUCCCCCCCACCCCCACACCCCCCCCCCCCCACCUUGGUGUCCUGGGCUUGAUAUUUUUUUGUGUUUUACCAGGGAAGGCUCCACUUGAGCUAUAAAACUAUUUUUCAGAAGCGACUUUGCUGUCACAAAUGAUAGCUGAACAGAAGUGGUUUAUCAUCAUCUGGAAAUGUAUUGCAGCCACAUUAAUAUAAAUACAUGUUGAUGAUUCCGGAGGACCUGGAGAAAAAUCCACACAACCACGGGGAGAGACAUGCAACUCCAAAUAUACAGCAGCAGGCGUCAGGGUCGGGAUCGAACCCACGACCUCCUGUAUACCAGGCGAGGUAGUUAACAUCUCAUAGCCACCGUGGCGCCCAGGGGUUGGCAUCCUGUGGCUCCGUAGCUACAUGCGGUGGCUCUUUAAGGGCUGCUUUUUUGUGAGGACCGCCACCGUCUCGCAUUCCCACCCGACAUGUGGGUCACGGACCCCCUGGUGGUCUGAAGGGCUACUACAGGGGGGUCCGCGGAAAAUAAAAGCAAUGACGUCCAUCGCCAUGGAAAUGUGCAUUUCAAACAGCUGGCAGGGUUGUGGCGGUCCUCGAAAUGUGUUUGGAGGUAGCAAUGGGGGUGCGCACACUCGAAAAUGUUGGGAACCGCUACCGCUAACCGGAUCGCGUGCUUUUUUAAUUCCACCGAUCCCUCGCGGUGAAACCCGCUGGCACGGAGCAAGCUCAAGUUGGCGGCGAGGGGCACGGCAGCGUGCACGGAACAGGAUCUCCCAUUCUUUGUGUCGUCGGUAGCUGUGGCCGGGGGUGCGACAAAGGUGAGCGGUGUAGGUCUCAAACCGAUUUGUCUCACUAUGAGGAGAGGCUGGCAUCGGUAUAUACGGUACUGGUGAAGUUCAGCCCCAUGUUCCGAGCCCGUCGUACUUUUUCGGGGUGUACAGAACGAGCAUUUUUUUGUGAAGAUCAAGAGGGGAGUCCUAUGGAGAGAAGGAAUUUCCCAGGCUACUUGGGGGCAUUUAGCUGCUCCGCCCUGUGGCUUGUUUAGAUGUGAACGCUUUUGCUCUGGUCAAGAGCUAACGUGGGUCAUGGUUACAAUUUGUGACCAGAGCAAUUGAUCUUCUUGGUUCUUUCGGUGAAGUCACGUAGAAGGGAAAUAAUAAAAUAAGACAAAUUAAACAAUGAAAUACAAUUCUCACGGUGUUUCCUUCCUCUAACCCAGCUUAAAUAUACGCUGCCAAGCUUGGUGGUGUUCAUUCAGACGCCUUUCCGACAGACCUGUUCUUCACCUGAGGACGGCUGCUUGCGUUGUGGCCGAAAACGUCGUGAGAAUUGUAUUUUAUUAUGUUUUAUUAUUAUUUUAUUAUUUCCCUUCUACGUGGCUUUACCGAAAGAACCAAGAAGAUGAGUCGGGUAAUAUGAAUGCUCAUCGUGUGUGUCAUUUGUCAACAAGUGGAAUAUUCGAUGGACUCGAAUGCAAAGAGGAACAUUCCAAAACAAACUAUUAUAUGGCCAAGAACUCUGAACAUUUUUUUUCGAUGGUUGACCCCUUUUGUGGAAGCACACUUGUUGAUGUGUUAGCUUGAAUAUGUUGGUGUUAGCUGGAACAUUUAUACGAAGAUUGUUGCUGUUGGUUACAUCUGUAUUUGCAACUGGAGUUGUUUACCACAUUAUGACCAAUAUUUCUUAAUUCUUAAAUGCAAGUUAUUGAUGGAUCUUCGAAUUAUAAAUAUCAUGCUAUGACCAGGUGGUGCAGUGUCGGAGCAUUCGCAAAGGUUAGAAAUUCAAAUCCUUGUCAGGGGUCAACUCUGUCGGCCCUCUCUCAUUAACAUGAGCACCACUUGAUGGGACAUAUUUAUCUCAGGGAUAGCAACAGAGAUGUGAUCGCCACCCACUGCUGUGCUAAGCAUUGAGACACUAGUGCUCCCAAGCCCGAUAUGAAGGAGGGCGUGGAUUCGAUCCCGUCCCUGACGUCUGUAUAUUUGGUGUUUGCAUGUUCUCCUGUGGUCGCGUGGAUUUUUCUUCGGGUCCUCCGGUUUUUUCCUCCACAUUUAGAAACGUAGAUUUAGAAUGUUCGUUUGCUAUCAAUUUCCACUUGAUAAGCCACUUCGUUGAGCUAUCAUUUGUGGCCAGCUCGCUUCUGUAAAAGAGCCUCAUUGCUCAGUGGGUCUUGCCUGGUAGAAUAAAAUUGGUUUAGUCGUAGCUUUUUAGUUUAUAGAUGUGUGAUACAAAAGUUAUUUUCCUUUAAGAGCCUGAAUACUAUGGUCUUGAAUCAAGCCACACAAUUCUCCGUAGCUCUAUAAUGCAAUUCAUGUCCACGUAAGUUAUUAGAAUUGAUCGGAAAGCUUGCAUUUUGACCACUACAAUAACACUUUGAUCAGACUGACUGUGCGCGUGUACAUUUGUUGACUCGCCCGUGAAGCCUCACUGGGAGGACUAGACUUAUUGGACCUGUGAUUGCCAAUUAUUGGAACAUUGUUGUACACUAUUAGGAGCCUCGAAAGGAUGUAGAUUGUGCAUUAAGCAUUUUGGAAUUCUACUUGAACAUGUAUAUAUUUGUAAAUACGUUGUGGUUAUUGUUUUGUAUAUUCUGGGCACAUUGUAUGAUCUUUCCCGAGGCGAUAUAAUUUGUGUGCAUGCAUGUUUUCUCUUUCAUUUAAAGUCUUCUAAUCUGUUUUUGUUCACCCAUUUCAAAACGUUCCAGAUUUUCUUCUAUUUACAUACAGCAGUCCAUCGACAUUGUAUAACAUGCGAUCAUUUUAUAAAAUUCAAUUUCUUUACUCUUUGGUUCUUUCGGUAAAGUCACGUAGAUACAAAAUUAAUAGAUCACGAUGUUUCGACCAAAGAGUAUGGAUUGCUGCGGUCACGAUUGCAAUUUCUUUGUAUGGCUGUUUUUUUUCUUUUUCCCAUCGUCAGUAUUUACUCAAUUUGUGUUCAUUCAAUUUGGGACCGAUGUCAGAUUGCAUAUUUCAGUACCUCUAGAUUUGAAGCUUUUGUGUACUUGAUAGAGUAAAUUUGGCUGUGACGGUCCCACCUGAAGACGGAGACUUGUGUUGCCUCCGAAAUGUCGUGAUUUAAUUGAGUUAUUUUCAUUUAUUAUUUUAUUGUCAUUUUUUACCUACGUGACUUUACCGCAAAAACCUAAGAGUUUCAGUACCUCCAACUACAUGUUCUUCUGCUCCCAGCGCCCUUAUUACAUUACGCUUAGCAGAUUCUGGCCCCUUUGAACUGCCGCGUGUGUGAGAGACACCAGAAAUUCAAUGACAGGAUUGAGUCACAAUUCCAUUGCAUCGUAACGUAAGCAACACGUUCUAGAAUAUGUACAGCCGUGCGGGGGUUCCCAGGACAGGCAUUGGAGUGGCACCACAAGUUGGUGAAACCGGUGGUGAUCAGACCAAGGCCGAUACGUUGUAGGUUCUGGCACAAGGAUGGAUUGGUGUGGUGGAAUGAACGGCGCUGAGCAUAGUGACUUUGUGAUCUUGACUGUUAACAUUUGCAUUUUUAAAAUGCUCAUUUGUAAUAACCCUGCCACUCGCCGUGGUUUUUGGAGCACUCAACUUAGUUUGGAGGUCGAACAUUUAAAAUCCCUAAUCGGGUUCAAGUCAGCCAAGCUUAAUUGUGGUAGUCCUACGGAGAAAGUGUUUCCUACCAUGGCAAUGUGGAAUUUCCAUCGCUGGUGGAGAGAGAGAGGGGAGCGCUUGUCCAUUUGUUUUGGUAUGGAAACUGAUCUAAUGACCACAUUUACUUUUGAACGGUUGUUGAAAAACAGUUGUAAUAAUUGAACAGCAGAGGGCACUGAAGUCCCACCAAGUGCAGUGGUUUCGCACUCGAGCAGAUGGUGGUCUGCAGAGCGCCUUGGAUACGUUUUUUUGUAUCCACGGCAGCACUUUGAAUGCUAACCCGUGUGUACUUCAUUCACCGUGCAGCUUUCUUAAACCCCUAGGGCAUGGGAAUCGACAACCAAAAUAACAAAUUCGGUAAAAAGUCGCUUUUUCAAGAGCCGCAAUGCUCUUGCGGUGAAUACGAAACGACGGCGCUUGAUGAAUAACCUCACGAAGCGGCCCUUGAGGAGCCGUCGUAGGUUGCCGACCCACUGCCCAGGAUACGCGUGCCCACGA